AUGAAAGCAGAAGGAAGGGCCCGAAGAAAACUUGCAAUGAUGCGAAAGCUUGCGGGAACUACAUGGGGGGCAAAUGAGCACAUACUCAAGACAGUCUAUCAAGGCACAGUGAGACCCCAACUAGAGUAUAGUUCCCCCACAUGGUCUUCCACAGCCAAAUCCAAUCGCCAGGCUCUGGAUAAAAUCCAGAACCAAGCUCUGCGCAUCAUGACAGGAGCAACCAAGUCCACACCAAUUGCCUUCAUGGAAAAGAUAACAGGAAUACAACCACUUCAAGAAAGAAGAGAUGUCAAAAUCCUGCUUCAGACAGAGAAGUAUAAAUGUCUAACGGAUCACCCCAUGUCAGCCAGAGUUAAAGGGUACACCAAAAAUCGGAUCAAGCGUAGCAGCUUUGUACACGAAGCUAAGAAGCUGGACAAGGCCUAUGCAACGGAUCUGACCAUCCCCACCACUCCGCUUGGUCAAGAAGACAUCAUAGAUCCAUUACAAAAUGACCUGUCAAAUGUUGCAGUAAGAUCCAGUGUUCCUCACCUACAGCCAGGUAAACAAGAGGAUGAGCAUAUCAGAAAGAGCCUCACACUUGCCAUGAUCGAUGACGAAUACCCAAGAGAGGCAUGGACUCAUGUCUACACAGACGGUUCUGCCACUAGAGCAGUCAUAAAUGGAGGUGCUGGCAUCGUCAUUCUGUACCCAUCCGGAAAACGAGAAACACAUCAUGCAGCAACCGGAACACACUGUAGCAACUACAGAGCAGAGACUUUAGCCCUCAUGAAGGCAGUGUCAAUGAUUGAAGACUCGACCGAAGAUGUCAACUCGAUAGUCUUCUUUACAGAUGCCAUGUCUGUAUUAGAAGCCCUGACCAACAACAAGGUUCCUCAGCUUGCAAAUGCCUUACAAAGAAUCAGCACCAACCUAAACGUGACCCUCCAGUGGAUCCCAGCACACUGUGGAGUGGCCGGAAAUGAAGAUGCUGACCAACUGGCAAAACAAGGUGCUCAGUUAGAUCAGCCACCUGUGCAAGUAAGCUACAAGGAGAACUGUUACCAUCAUUAA